GACGGUCCGACCUCAUAUGCCAAUCGGGCGGCUUGGCCGCAGAGGGUUGUUUAUCUCUCGUGCGGUGUGUACAGCAAGGGCUCGCAAACCUGCCAUGGCUGAGGGCAAGCAGAGCACUGCUAGGCGAGAUCUGUUACAGCAGAUCGAAGUUGAUGUGCAGAAGAAAUGGGAGGAGAAUAAGGUUUUUGAAUGUGAUGCUCCAGACAGCAGUUCAGAGAAGUUUAUGUGCACCUUCCCGUACCCCUACAUGAAUGGUCUGCUGCACAUUGGUCAUGCUUUCUCCUUGACGAAAGCGAUCUUCGCCGCACACUUCAAUCGCUUGCUCGGGAAGAAGGUCCUGUUCCCCUUCGGCUUUCAUUGUACAGGCAUGCCAAUUCAGGCUGCAGCCAACAAGCUGUCGCGGGAGUUUGAAGUCUACGGUUCGCCGUAUCCGAUCUUUCCUCCAGGGCGUCCGACACCCAAGGAGUCGGCGGAGGGCGUCAUCGAGCUGGACGACGAAGGUGUUACCAUGCUGUGGAAAGCACCUCCCAGCAGCAGCAAGAAGGCCAUCAAAGAGUACAUUGCUUACGUGAAGGUGAAGGAUGGCGAGUUCAAGGAGGUGAGGCGAAUUCCGCACCCCAGCGCGGAUGUGCUGAAGGCGGGGGGCAACAAGGUGAAGGCCGUUCUGCCCGUGGAGAGCGGUGGCUGCGUCUACAAGGUGGAAGCCUUGCUGGAGGACGGCAGCAAGUGCCCUCCAAGUCCAAUUUCGGAUGAAGUCUCCGUGGAUGCGGCGCCCAAGGACAAGAAGAGCGGUGCGGCCGGCGGAAAGCGCGUGGCCAAGAAGAUCUUGGCGAAGAGCGGAGAUGCGGCCUUUCAAUACGAGAUUUUGAAGGCCAUGGGGCUGACCGCUGAGGAGAUCCCCAAGUUUGUUGACCCUUUGUUUUGGCUGCAGUACUUUCCACCCCUGGGAGUCCGUGACCUGAAGCGCUUCGGGUGCCCCGUGGACUUCCGACGCUCGUUCAUCACCACCUCUGCGAACAGCUUCUAUGAUAGCUUCAUUCGGUGGCAGUUCAGGAAACUCCAGAAGUCGGAAAAAAUUGGCUUUGGAAAGCGCCCCACCAUCUUCAGUGAAAUGGAUAAGCAGGCGUGCAUGGACCACGACCGUGCGGAGGGAGAAGGUGUUGCCCCCCAGGAGUACACAGCCAUCAAAAUCGAGCUGCUGGCAUCGGAGUGGACCAGUGCCAUGCAGAAGAGCCUGAAGAAGGGCAGCAAGGUCUACUUGCUGGCCGCCACGCUGCGAGCCGAGACCAUGCCUGGGCAGACCAACUGCUGGAUUCUCCCUACCGGGCAGUACGGAUGUUUCGAAGCACCUGAGAAUCAGGUCUACGUCACAUCGCACAGAGCUGCCCGAAACAUGAGCUUCCAGGACAUCCUGAUGCCAUGGGGAAAGCCCAAGUGCCUCAUGGAGGUUUCAGGACAGGAGCUGCUAGGAAAGAAGGUGGUGGCCCCGACCACCAAGUACAAGUACGUGCAUAUCUUGCCGCUGCCCACCAUCAAGAUGGACAAGGGCACCGGCAUCGUGACCAGCGUCCCCAGCGACUCCCCGGACGACUAUGCUGCCUACAUGGAUCUGAUGAAGUCAGACAAAAAGCGCGAGUACUUCGGGGUGAAGAAGGAAUGGGUGGAUGGAUUUGAGCUCAUCCCCAUCAUCGAUGUUGAAAUCGAUGGUGAAGUUCGAGGUAUGGCAGCACAGUACGUGUGCGAAAAGUUGGGCGUGCAGUCCAUCAACGACCGGGUAAAGCUGGCCGAAGCACAUGAUACUUGCUACAAGUUGGGCUUCGACAAAGGUAUCAUGUCCUUGGGGCCCUUCAAGGGUCAGCCUGUGAAGAAAGCGAAGUUUGAAUUCCGAAACGUGAUGAUUAAAGACAAGCAGGCCUUCACCUACUCAGAACCAGAAAAGAAGGUGGUCUCCCGCUCGGGCGACGAAUGCGUGGUGGCGUCCAUUGAUCAAUGGUAUCUGAAGUAUGGCGAGGAGUCUUGGAGAGGGCAGAUUGAGGGCCAUUUACAAAGCUCCAACUUUGUCAGCUACAACGACCGAAUCAAGGAGUCCUUCGAAGAUGCCAUCGGAUGGUUGAAGGAAUGGGCUUGCAGCCGCUCCUUUGGACUCGGCACGCAGGUGCCCUGGGACGAACAGUUCGUCAUCGAGUCUCUGUCCGACAGCACCAUCUAUAUGGCCUACUACACGGUGGGUCAUUUGCUGCAUGGUGAGGAGAACUUGGAUGGCAAAAAGGGCAGCCCGGAAGGGAUCAAGGCAGAAGAUCUCACGGACGAAGUGUGGGACUUCGUGUUCCUCAAUGGGCCAAUGCCAAAGAAGUCCAAGAUCCCCCAGAAGCUGAUGGAAAAAAUGCGAAAAGAAUUCAGGUUCUGGUACCCCAUGGACCUCCGUGUCUCGGGCAAAGAUCUGAUCCAGAACCACUUGACCAUGGCUCUGUACAACCAUGCAUGCGUUUGGGAGAAGGAGCCGGAACUGUGGCCAAAAAGCUUCUUCUGCAAUGGUUGGCUGUUGGUGAACAAUGAGAAGAUGUCCAAAUCCAAGGGCAACUUCUUCACUGUGGAUGAGAUCAUCAAACUGUACUCCGCGGACACCGUGCGACUGGCCAUGGCCAACAGCGGCGACACUUUGGAGCCGGCGAACUUUGAUCAGUCCGUGUGCAACAAGGCGGUCUUGACCCUGGCCGUCUUUCUGGACUUGAUGAAGUCCAUGGUCAGUGGCAGCGAGCCACUGGACGCAGGCGCAGAGGAUGGGCGUUUCGUCGAUGUGUGGUUUGCCAAUGAGAUGAACCGCCUGGUGCAAGAGGGGAAGAAGUUCUACGAGAGCAUGUACUAUCGGGAGGCCCUGCGCACAUGCUAUUUUGAGUUCACCUCCAUGUUCGAUCAGUACCGCGACAUCUGCAAGGCGGCGGGAAUAGCGCCGAACAAAGCCUUGACCCUGCGGUACUUGGAAUGGCAGAUGAUCAUUCUGUCUCCCAUUUGUCCACACUUCUGCGAGCAUGGUUGGUCGAUCCUGGGCAAGCCUGGUUCCGUGCUGGACUCCAGGUUUCCUUCGCCAACAAAGCCAGUGGAGAUCUCCCUCACGAAGCAAGGCGACUACAUGUUCAACAAGGUGCCGCAUGACUUUAUUAAAUUGUUAGAGAAGGCUUCCAAGGGCGGAACUGCCAAAUCUGCGGUGGUCUACGUGGCGAAGGAAUAUCCGGAUUGGAAGAAGACAGUCUUGGCGAAGCUCAGGAAGUUCCACGGCGAGAAGAAGCUGCCCCUGGUUGCCCAGGAAGACAUGAAGGACAACCCAGAGGCAGCGCAGCAGUGGAAGAACAUCAUGACCGACCUGAUGCAGGAUGCCUCCCUGAAGCCUUUCGGGAAGCACUUGGGGCCCUUUGCUGCUUUCAAGCGCGACGAGGCCGUGGCCUCUGGUGCAAGUGCCCUGGAUGCCUCCCUGCCCUUCGACGAGUUUGCCUUGGUCACGGAGAACGUCGCAUACCUCAAACAGAAGCUGCAGGCAGAUGUGGAAGUGCGAACCGCCGAUUCGUUGGCCAGCCCAGACCACAAGGAUGCCGCAGCGAAUGCGCAGCCUGGUAAGCCAGGCAUUUUCUUCGUCACGGAGCAAGGUGCCAAAGGUGGUGGAGGUGGCAAGGCCAAAGCAGCUGCCAAAGCGGAUUCCAAGCCCGCCAAGACCAAUGGAACGGCUCCAAACGGAAGCUCCGAGAAGGUCUCCACCAUCACAGAUGUGAAGAAGCUCAAUGAGCACCUGAGUACCAGGACAGGGCAUAUCGCUGGGGCUAUGAUUGCUGGGCCAGGGCGAGGGAUUCCAAGGGUCAAAACUGGGGAUUUCCAAAACUGGGGCCAAGUCCUUCCACCGACAUCACCGUCGCACGUCUUUGGUUCAGCCGCGGCGGUGGGUGCCAUGAAGGCAGUGCUGGCGCUCAUCCUUGCCGUGGGUUUCACGCUGCGAUGUGCAGCCCAAAGCAUUCUAGCGUACAAAGAGAAGGUCUCGGAAAGCCGGAUCAUCGUGAGAUAUCCUGAGGGUUCGAGCGAGGAGCAGCUGGCGCAGUAUGUCGCGCGCCUGGAGCGGAUCCGCGGCGUGCGCCGCGCCGAGCCGCUGCACCGCCUGGACAUGGCGGUGGUGCUGUGCCACGCGGGGGCGGAUGAGGAUGCAAUUUUGGAGGCCAUCGAUGCCGAAAAGCCCGUCGAGCUGGCGGUUCCGGAUAGUUGGGUGUACGCCUUCGGUGGCCGGAAAGAUGCUCAGUGUGCAUCGCACCCUGAGUGCAGGGCAUUUAGCUUGCAAGGUGAAUGCUGCCCGGCUCCCGAUGGAGUGCUCAUGGCGUGUUGCGCUCUGCCUGCGCCGAAGCGACCGGCGCGGCCGCAGCACAAAAGCACCAUCUCGUUACAAAGCGUGCAUGGCGGCUUCAUCACAGUCUCCAAGAUCGGCGUGGUGGGCUGGCGUGGAAAGAAGACUGACCCGGACGCGCAGUUCCACCUGGAAGCGCACCCGGACGGUUACGUCUCCUUGAUGUCCAACCAUGACACCUAUCUGGUGACUUCGCCCUCGGGCCAGUUAGUCGCCUGGCACCGGGGGCACCGGGAAGCAGAUGACUGGGAGAAGUUUAAGCUCAUUUACAACUCAGAUGACACCAUCUCUCUUCGUAGCAAGGUGUCGGACAAACAUGUGAGCCUGGAAAAUUCCAGUUCAGACAUGUUGUCCGCGACCACUGAGAAGGUUGAGAUCAGCGAGCGCUUUCUGGUGACGAUGCGUCACGGAGAGGAAGCCGAAGUGCCCAACGACCAGAGCUUAUCAAAGCUCUGGGCUAUGGACCACUUCGGGGAUCGCGACAUCGAUGCCUUUGAAGCCUGGAAAAUGUUUAAUCCCAAGCCCCAAGCCGAAGGAGUCAUUGUGGCAAUUAUCGACACGGGCAUUGACUACACCCAUCCGGACUUGCGCGAUUCCAUGUGGGUGAACCCUCACGAAAUCCCUGGCAACGGCAUCGACGAUGAUGGCAAUGGCAUUGUAGAUGACAUCCACGGGGUCGAUUUCACCAACAAUGACGGAGACCCUAUGGACGAUCAGAUGCACGGCUCUCACUGCGCGGGGACCGUGGCAGCCAAGGGCAACAACACCCUGGGGAUCGCGGGCGUGGCCUGGAAAGGUGCCAAGUUGAUGGCCCUGAAAUUCCUGGACGGCACUGGUGGGGGUCGCACCUCGGAUGCGGUGAAAUCCAUGAACUACGCCGUGGCCAUGGGAGCUCAGAUUUUGAGCAAUUCCUGGGGCGGUGGCGGCUCCAGCAGCGCCUUACGCGUGGCCAUUGAACGCGCGGAGCACGCGGGCACGCUCUUCCUGGCCGCCGCGGGCAACGAUGGACUGAACAACGACGAGCUGCCGUCCUACCCGGCCAACUAUCCCAUGGAGAACAUCAUCUCGGUGGCCUCCACCACUCAGAACGGUGACCUCUCGCUCUUCUCCUGCUAUGGCAAGAAGUCCGUUGACCUGGCUGCUCCCGGUAGCGACAUCUACAGCACCAUCCCCAACGGCAAGUACGCCUCGCUCAGCGGGACCUCGAUGGCCACGCCGCACGUGGCCGGGGUGGCUGCCAUGGUGUGGAUGAUGCGGCCAGAGUUUUCCAUGGUGCAGGUGAAGGAGAUUCUGCUGAGAUCCACCGUCCCGGAGAAGGCCCUGGAGAACGCCGUGGUCACUGGCGGCCGCCUCAACGCGCGCCGCGCGUUGGCGCUGGCGGCCAUCUAUCCAGCCCCUCGGCCGCCGAUCCACGCGCCGAGCCACCUGACCUUUGUGGAUACCAACCCAGCAGUGGGACGCAUAGGAGGUGAUGCAGUAAUUACUACACCGGAGGACCAGAGCGAUGUGGAACACUACAGUUUGCAUUUUCUCUCCUCCGCGGGGGUUUUGAUGGAAAGAAUCGGGCGAGCCAAUGUCUCGAACCAGCCGUCUAUUCAGCUGACCCUGGCUAACCUCACAAUCCCACGCUUUGCAAAGAAGAUCGCUGCCGUGGCCGUGAACAGCAGCGGCCGCAUGCCCGCGGAGACGGCGGCCGUCCUGGACAUCGAAGAUUAUGGUGUGCCACAGGACGGCCCUGGCGCCGUGGCCUUCAAGGGCGACGCGGACGUCCGGGGCGGCGUGGUGAGUGGCGAAGUGCGGCUGCGGCGCGCGGGCAACGAAGCGACGGUGAGUCACUACAACAUCUAUUGGCAGAAGGGCUGGCAGAAGAACUUGCUGGGAUCCGUUCCGGCCAUCGGUUUUUUGGCCACCCGAUGCACUGGAGAUUGUGCGGUGCUGAACACCACCCGUGAGGAUGGGGUGCAAAGAUACCACCGAGAAGCUUACGGCAACAACGAGCUGGCCGUGAUCACCUUCAGUGGCCCUGCCAAGGUGAAGAUCACCAAGUUUCUGACUGAGAGCUACUAUGACUACUUGGAGAUUGCCGGAAACCGCGUCAGCGGCACGGAUGUGGAGCUUCCGAAGGUCGUGGAGGUUCCUGCUGGGGAGCAGACCAUCACCUGGCUCAGCGAUCACAGCGAAGGAGAAGGUGGUUGGACCUUUGAGCUUUGGCAGGAAGGUGAGCAGGCAUCCUUCAGCCUCCCUGGAGUGCAAGCUGAUGGCACCAGUAAGGUGGAGGUAGUGGCAGCCUAUGGCAAGACCGAACUCUGGCAGGCAGCGCAGUCCUGCCAGGUGAGCGAUUUUGACCUGAAGACUAUGCCGCCCUCGGAGGCCUUUCUUCCAAGUUCAGUGGAUUUUCCAGAUGAACACGUGGAUCAAGGAAUGGUGAGUGGCACCAUGACACUGCACCUCCCGAAGGUUGAGAAUGUGAAGAGUGUGGUAACUUCGUAUGUGGUCUACUUUGCCGACCUCCAUGGCAAUCGUCUGGGGAAGGAGUGGCAUCUGCCCAUCGAAGGUGGCAGGCCUACUUUGGAGCUCCGGCUGGAUGCGGUGGCCCUUCCAAUGGGCGCGCAGUGGAUCAUGGUCAGCGGGGAGAACUCUGCGGGCCGAGGGCCGCCCCUGAGGAGUAAGCUGGUGGAUAUCGUUCGCAGCCGACCGGUCCAUGCGAACUUUUCAGGUGACGAAGACCCCGUGGAGCUGCAAAUUGAAGGCCGGGUGAUGAUCACUCCAGCGCAGAACCCCACCAACGUGAUCGCUUACAGCAUUUACUUGGCCAAGGACGCACAGAAGCGAACCUUGUUGGGCCGAGUGGCGGCCAGUGGUAGUAAAGCUGUAACCUUCAAGCUGCAUGCAGCCUACAAGGCAGGGCAGCACUUGUUGGUGGUGAGCUCCUAUUCUGACCUGGACAUGGAGGAAGGUGUGGUGAUCCCGGUAGAAGAUUUCGUGGAGGCUUACAACGACGGCUACAGUUGGUACGACUGGGGCGGCUACGGCAGCCACGCCGCAGCUGGAGCCGGUCGGCCCAGCCGCCCCCAGAACCGCUCACGGCCCUCGGCGCCACGGGCAAGCCCCGGGAGCCCCGGUGGGAGCCAGCAGGGUCCGAGACGACUGCGGGAGUUUUGGCUGGAACCCAAACGAAGCAUCAACGACUUCCAACUGCUUUGGAGCGAUGAAGCGUUAGGAUCCCUGCCGGUGCUCACUUCAGGGCGGCUUCCAAGAGAAACUGGUCGCCCUGCAAUCUUUUGCAUGCUCAUAAUCCAUGGCUUUCUCCGAAAAACUGCCGGAGAUGCUUCGGGGCCCCUUUUCCGGCCUCAGUUUGUGCCGCCAAGUGUGGAGCAACGACAAGGUAUAGCAGAGACUCUUGCAGAUGCACUGCCGGGUGUUGAACAUGGACAGGUGAAACUGUCCUUGGGCAGGGCAUCAAGGUCGGUGACACCUGCCGACUCUGCAGAUCUGGUGAUCGAUUUCGAAAUUCUGCCCCCGCGAAAAGCGACCGCAGAAUCAAUCCAACUUUUUUUUGACCGUGUCGAGGCCAAGCUGAUUCUACUCAGCCAGGGUGGUGUUGCUGCAUCACGUUUGGCCUCGUCGCUGGUGUCCCGUCGCAUCAGCAUGGGGGAACCGCAACAAGUCGCGCCGCCCAGCGGGCCCAGCGGGCAUGGGCACGCCCGGCUGCUGUCAGAGCAACCAGAAAAUGUGGCAACACCAAGCUCCGAUGCACAGAAGGUACAGCUACCUGUGCUUGCUGGUGUGUUUGGCCUGGUUGCCUUGAUGGCAGCGGGCAGCGAAUCGGGAUUCAGAUAACUUGCACUUUUUAGUGAUGGAUAUGGCACAAUUCAGAAAAUUUCGGCCCCACCCCGGAAGCUUCAGGUUUUGAAC